AUGAGAGCUGAAGGCAGAUCCGGCACUUCUCUUACCUGCUGGUGUCGCUGGUAUCUGCUGUACAUGAGGCUGGGAGUGCAGGUGGAGGUGUGGGUGGAGCUAAACAGCUCACACAGGAAGUGUGUCCAGUCCACUCAAACGCUGAUGCGCUUUCAGUUCGCGGCAUCUGUGCAGCUGAUCGGAGACGGCUUUGUUUGUGUCUGCAACCAAAUAUUAAUCGGAUUUCUUCGGGAGUUUCCGCCCAGCUUUGCAAAUGUUUACCUCGUCCUGUCUGACGAUGAGAAACAAGUACAUGAUACCAAUGUGGAGAACAAUCGUCCCUACAACUCACAGAGAUUUUUUUACAGUGCUGCUGUUUUAGGAAAACAGAGUUUCUCUACAGGCAGGUUUUAUUUUGAGGUUCAGGUUGAAGGAAAGAGCGAGUGGACUUUGGGAGUGGCCAGAGAGUCGAUCAACAUGAGGGAAGACACCACACCGAGACCUGCAGACGGUUUCUGGACUGUAGGCCUGAGUAAAGGAAAUAAAUACAAAGCUGGCCCUGAUGUCGCUCUCUCGCUGCAGUCUGCUCCUCAGAAGGUGGGGGUGUUUGUGGAUUAUGAGGAUGGCCUGGUCUCCUUUUAUGACGUUGAUACUGCAGCUCACAUCUACUCCUUUACUGGCUGCUCCUUCACUGAGAAACUCUACCCGUACUUCAGUCCUGGACUGGAAAAUGAUGGUUGGAACUCUGCACCUCUGAUCAUCACCCCCGUCGAUUAAAGAGGGCUCAUUCUGCUUUUCUGUAUUUACUUUCAUCAACAACAGGCGAUUCUGAUAUUUACCUUCAAUUGGCAGACUUUGGUUAUUUAUACUAAACCUCACCAGCAAGAUCCCAGGACCUCCAUCACUCAGACUUGGAGGUGCUGACCCUCGUAGCGCCACGUUCAUGUUGAACGACACCCUCCUCACCUCGACUACACACUUGAAUAGCACAAACACAAUCUGAGACAAGCAUGACCCUGCCUGAGUGCAGAUCAACCAGGGCCAUGCCUUGGUCCAGGAUCAUCCAAUAACAUGAUGAUUUGCAUGCUAUUAGAAUUCCCAGCAGGCAUGUGCCCACUGAGCUUCACCAGCUCAACAUCACCACCGGGCUGGAGGUCCACCAGCACUGGAUGAAAGGAUGAAUUUAGUACAUUUACUCUUAAUGUACUUGUACUUUCUUUGAGUAAUCCUCUGUAUUUUGGGUGGAAAUAAUGUAUUUUGUCCUCUGUGUGUGUAACCAGACCCUAACUGACUAAAUGUCGGACAAGGUGCAUGUUUGUGUGUAUUUUCCAACUU